AUGUCGGAUACGGAUGAUCAUUCGGAAACUUGUUGUUUUUGUUUAGGUAGUGAUGUUGAUAUCCCACCAUUUGGUACAAUUUCAGAUGCAAAAGAUUUAAUAUCUCCUUGUUCUACUUGUUCAAUAGUAAGUCAUAGAAAAUGUUUAUUAGACUGGUUUAAUUCAGUACCUUCUGAUAAAUUACAAAUAAUUUAUGCUCAUAGAAAAUCAUCAUCCACAACUACUUCAAUAUCAAGAUCUAAUACAAGAGGAAGAGGAAAUAAUGAUAAUGGGAAUAAUGAUCAUGAUGAAUUGGGUGUUGGAGCACCUCCAAUAAAUCAAGAAACUAAUAUCAAUAUCAAUUUCUCAACCAGAGCAUUAAGUCAAUUUUUAGCAAGUGUUACAAAUAGUGCUGUAGUUGCUGAUCAAUUAGAUUCUGAGAUUAAUCAUAAUAUUAAUGCAAAUUCUAUUCCAGGAAGAUAUCCUGAAUCCGAUUCAGGAUCAACUUCAAAUUCAUACCAAUCAAGUUCAUAUAUUGCUUAUAUUCUUGUACCUUGUCCACAAUGUAAGCAAGAUAUUGUGUUUUCAAUGAAUAGAUCAUCAUUAUUAGCAUUACAAUCAUCUACUAAAUCAUUAAUUACUACAUGUGUUCAAUAUGGUGGAGUGUUCCUUGGUAUUACAUCAGCAAUGACGGGAAUUUUAUCUAUGGGGUUAUAUCGGGUUUAA